AUGGGCGUGAAGGACCAUCUGGAGGAUGGGACAGGCCACAUCCUCAGCCUGGGGCUGGAUCUGGACUACCUCCACGUGGAAGGUGCUGGGCGGCAAGUCGGCCUGAGCACUGUGACGGGCGCUGGUGAUCUAGGGGUCAAAGCCGGUGACCCGAAUAACAGCAGUGACAGUAUCGGUAGUAGCAGCACAAGUUUAAGUACUCAUUCCAGCUACAGCAGCAGCAGUAGUUGCAGUAACUUCUCUGACAGUGACGAUGAACGGCUCCAGAACGGGUCCGGUUCUGAAUCUCAAAACCCUCAGCACCCAGAGUCCUCUUCAGUCCCUCAGACGGCCAGGCUGGACCUGGCACCCAACCGAUCCCCUGGAGACCCCCCACAGCCGGAGACAUCCCCGCCCACUGACCCUGUCACAGACUACCGCUCUAAGGUGGAGUUCGCCCUCAAGCUGGGCUACUCUGAGGAUCUGGUGCUGCUGGUGCUGAGGAAACUGGGCCCAGACGCACUCAUCAACGACAUCCUGGGUGAGCUGGUCAAACUGGGAACCAAGACGGAGAUGGAGCAACCAGGAUGUCCGGCUGUCUCCCAGUCUCCCUCCUCCUCUUUGUCUUCCUCUUUGGCCUCCUUCUCCUCCUCCUCCAACUCCUCUCUGGACUCUGGUCGGCUGCUGUGUCCGUCCCAGCUGCUGGAGGACAAAGACAACCUUCGGCCUGUUGUGUUGGAUGGAAGCAACGUAGCCAUGAGUCAUGGAAAUAAGGAAGUGUUCUCCUGCCAAGGCAUCCAGCUGGCUGUUGAUUGGUUCUUGGAGCGAGGUCACCGUGACAUCACUGUUUUUGUCCCUGCUUGGAGAAAAGAGCAGUCACGCCCUGAUGCUCUCAUCACAGACCAGGAAACCCUACGGCGGCUGGAGAAAGAGAAGAUCCUGGUUUUCACUCCGUCGCGCCGUGUGCAGGGACGGCGUGUGGUUUGCUACGACGACCGCUUCAUCGUCAAACUGGCCUACGAGUCAGACGGCAUCAUUGUUUCCAACGACAACUACCGUGACCUCGCUAAUGAGAAGCCAGAGUGGAAGAAGUUCAUCGAUGAGCGUCUGCUGAUGUACUCCUUUGUGAACGACAAGUUCAUGCCACCAGAUGACCCACUGGGACGACACGGACCCAGUCUGGAGAACUUCCUGAGGAAGAUACCUAUUAUUGCUGAACACAGGAAGCAGCCGUGUCCUUAUGGAAAGAAGUGCACAUAUGGCCACAAGUGCAAGUUUUACCACCCUGAAAGGGGCAGCCAGCCCCAGCGUGCCGUGGCUGAUGAGCUCCGUGCCAGCGCCAAAAUGUCAUCAGUGGCUUCUAGAGGUCUGCUGGAAGAUGCCCUGAUGGCGAAGAGCCAAAGUUCUGGUCAACCAGAAAGAUUCGCUGAGGCCGAGCCAAGUCGGAGCACUCCAAAGAAACAGUCGAACCCCAGCCCUCGCAGCUCCUUCACCGACCUCCUGGAGGACAGGCUUCGGAUGCAGUCCAAAGUUGAAGGACGUAGGGGAAGCAACAGCAGCGGCAGCAGCUGUAACAGCAGCUUCCUAGGGUAUCCUGCUCCGAGCGGACCACCUUCAUCGGGAAGCUAUGACCGAUGGGAGCACCCUGGGGGAAACGGUGGAGGCAGCUCCAGGGUUGCUGGUUCCUCUGGACCAAGCCAGGCUGAAACCUACCACAGAUGCAGAUCUCCAGAUCUGGGCUACAGCUCAAUGGUGAAGGCCUACUCCAGCCUCAGUCUGGUGGUGCCACAGAGUCCUGAGUGCUUCCUCCCGUCCGAUCUGCGAGCUGGAUCGAUGCUGUCGGACUGUAGCAGUGAAGGCAGCUCGGACUCUUUCUCCCCGGACCCCUUGUUAGACGAUGGCCCCAAGUGCCACCAUCACCACCACCAUCCUCACCACCACCACCAUCACUGCUCUGGCCAGUACGCCCACCCCGUGAGCCGUGUUCCUCCUGGACUGGGCCACCACACUCCUCACGGCUAUCCCGUUCCUCAAGCGCUGCGGAGACAACUUGGUUUCGGCUUGGAUGACCCUCCAGCGUCUGCUCCCUCUCGUGUAUCUCCACAUCCAUUCAAGUCCCCUUCGGCUUACAUCCCAACCCACCUUCAGCACCCAUUGUUGAGCAGCUUCCCGGGGGACUUCCCAGCUCGUCCACUGCAAGAAUCCCAUGUUCACACCCACUCUCUGAGCUCCCCGCUGGGUCGCAAUUUGAUGGGUUCCCUUUGGCAGGAGGGCGGGCUCCAGGACUCCCAAGUAUACAACGGGUCACCACUUCAUUCCAGAAUAAACCACUCCAGUCUAAACCAACAACCACAGCAUCCUGUAAACUGGGACGCCCAUUACCAGCAGUCCCCCAAGCCUCGCUACGAUCCGUACGCAUUCCAGAACCUCCCAGAAGUCCUUGAGAAGGCUUGGCACUCUCCUUGGGGCAGGCAAACCCAUUCAUCCCCCCGAGGCCUUUCAGAAUCAAGCCUCCAACCGCUCCCCCAGCUGUCCCUUCCACCCAUCACAGCCCGCAAAAACCACCUACCACCGGCGCCCCAGCACCAGGAACCCCCUGCCCUGGGCCGAUACCAGGACCUCAGAGAGAGGGUGUUUGUCAACUUGUGCCGCAUCUUCCCUUCUGAUCUGGUGAGGAUGGUGAUGACCAGGAACCCUCAUGUGGUGGAUGCUCAGGAGCUCGCGGCUGUGAUACUGAUGGAGAAAUCGCAGCACGGUACUUGA